AGCUGGCCCACCGCACUGACACCGAACGCCCGUGAGGAAAAGCUUGGUUGAUGGUUCAGCAGCGGCUGCUGUGGGAGUGCUUGCGACGCUGUUGCCGCCAUAGAUGGCUGUAAUUGUUGAGUGAGCGUCGCUUCCUCCUUUGGCUGCUGCUCUGGCUGCUUGCUCUCGUGCUCUGUGCCCGUGGAUGGUGAUGGCGAGAAGGAAGAAGAGGAGGACGAGGGUGCUCGUGGUGCCUCAGGCGACUGUUUUGACGGCGGUGCGCUUGUCGACGUGGCGGGUGCCUUGAGCUGUGAUGCGCGGCGGCUUCCUUGUGGUGUUGUUGGCACACCUGCUCUGGCGUGGUCAUGGUGCGUGGGCGUACCAUCAGUUCCUGUGCCGCCAAUUUUGUCGUCAGCAAUGCCAGUGGUGACAGUGGUACCAGUGGUGCCAACUGCGGUGGCGGUACGGGUGGUGACAGCGACAGCUGUGCUGCGUUUGCGCGGGCUGGUGGAAGGCUGAUCAGAGUGGCGCUGGGGUGCUUGCAGCGACAAUUGGCCCCGAUCAUUGCUGGCGCGGCGAGGGCUGCCACUGCCACUUCUGUUUUCGCUAUUGUUAUUGUUGUUGUUGUCACUGUUGUUGUUGUUGUUGUUGUUAGUGUUGUUGUUGUUGUCGCCGUCGUCGCUGGCACUGUCAUUGCCCCCGCCAGUGCCCUGGUGCGUGUGGUACUUGCGCGGCAUGUGUGUUUCAGUGCUCUUUUUCAAGACCUGGUCGGGUGGCUCUCGUUCUUCCGCAACCGCUGCACACAUGACACCAUUGGAACAUCGCAUGGGCGAAUCACUCAGAUGGUGAACGCACCCUUGGGUAUCGGCUGCUUGGCGUCUGCGCGCUGCAUUUUCUUCUUGCACGUUGUGUCCUCUGCCAAAGGCAUGGUUGUGGGGUCGCGGAAGUGCACUGCUUUUGCAUGUGUGUGUGUGUGUGGGGGGGGGGGGGUAGUGUGGUGGAACGCAGCGCAAGUCGCAGAAGAUGGUGAGUCUAAAAUGAUGGCAGGUGUGUGCUCAAGUGCUGUGGUCAUGUCAUGCUGAACACGCUCCGAUCCGA